UUUUUUUGGCCGCUGUUUUUUAGGCGCCAUCUCAAUUUUAUUUCUGCAGCAGGUUUAGAAACGCCAGAUUAGCUGCAAGAUGUUUUACACACAGUUGUUUAUGUCCAAACGCGGCCCUCUGGCUAAAAUAUGGCUGGCCGCUCACUGGGAAAAGAAGAUUACAAAAGCUCAUGUUUAUGAGUGCAAUCUGGAGACUACAGUUAAAGAUAUACUUUCACCAAAGAUGAAAAUUGCAUUGAGAACAUCAGGACAUUUGCUUCUAGGAGUUGUGAGGAUCUAUUCCAGGAAAGCAAAAUAUCUCUUGGCAGACUGCAAUGAAGCAGUUGUUAAAAUCAAAAUAGCCUUUCGUCCAGGUAUAACGGAUCUCUCUGAAGAUAACCUGGAAGCUCCCUAUAAAGCCAUUACCUUGGUUGAGGACUUCCGUGACUUUGAAUCACAGCUGCCUGACGUGAAUGCCAUUGAAGUUACUGAGCAUUUUACUCUGAACCAAAGCAGGACCGAAGAAAUCACUCUUAAAGAAGAUUAUGGAAAUAACUUUCUUAUUUAUGAUGAUAACUUUGGAGAUGAUCACUUCAGACAAGGUGGUCAUUUUGAUGAUAGUGUGCGUAUAAGCACGGAUGAAUCCCUCCUGCCUAGUAUUGAAAGCCUGACUGAAGACAGACUUAAAGCUGAUGGCUUUGGUGAUGAAGAAGGUGGAUGUGAUAUUUUGGAUUUUGUUCUUCUUGACGGAGAGAAUCCAUUAAUUGCAGACGUUCUUGCUGAGGAUGUGGGUGUGGCGAUCCCAGAGCCUCCUCUUGAUGAAAAUAAUAAUGCAGAUAGAGAAAAUCCUGCCUCUGAUAAACCAGCAGAGGAUGCUCCAACACUACAGGAAACAACUCUGCUGGCAGAUGAGGAGGAGGGAUUUGCACUGGAACCUGUUACAAUGACUCCCAAUUUAGAACGAAAAAGGGGCAAGAGGAAGAGGAAACUUGUUGUGGAUGAAACAAAGGAACUGUCGAGUGAAACCAUCAGAGAUCAGAUCACAGACUGUACUGAUAUCACCAGUACGUUAGACAUUGCUCCUCCUACUAAGUCGCUGAUGAAGUGGAAAGAGACUGGUGGGGCGGAUAAGCUCUUUUCACAGCCAGGCUUUAGUUUAAUGAGCAGUCAGCUACAAAAGCUUUUUCCAAGAGAUUUACUACCAGGGAAUUUAAAAGGUUAUGGGAAUGAUGAGGAACAGGAGAGAGAAGAGAUGAGGAAGCAACAAAAGGACAAAAAAUUGGAUGAUACCGUCAUUCUGAUGGAGGAUCUGAGCCAUUUAGAUGCGUCUGUAAUGCAGAAAUCAACUAGACUUAGCAUAGAUCACACACCACUUUCUAGGGAUCUUAACAGACACCAUGCAGAAUCGGAGAGUGAAGCUGGGGUCAGUGAAACCCAGACAGCCUUGCUGGACAUGCCGUCUGAGGAGUCUAUGCUUGUUAAUCCUUCCAUGGGGCAGGAAAGAGAACUUGACCAAAGUCUAACUCAAAUGGAAAAGGCACAAGCAGCAGUGGAUGGACAGGAUUUUGAAGAGAAAAAAUUGAACAAGAGAAUUCAGCACCUGUUACAUACUUUACAAAAACAAGAUCACUCUGGAUGCACAGCAUUUAAUUUGCAAGAACUGUGCAGGAAUGAAACCCGUAAACAUGCUGCCGCGACGUUCUUCUGCUUUUUGGUGUUGAAGAAGCAGAAUGCGAUUGAGCUCACCCAGAUUAAACCUUAUGAUGCUAUCAUUGCAACCCCAGGACCAAACUUUUAUAAAAAAAAUAAUUUAAAAAAAUGAGUAAAACGAACUUUAUUUGGCACAAAAAGAGGUACACUUACUGCUUCUGAAUUGUUCUUUGUGUUUGUGUGCAACGGCUUGUAUUUAUUGCAGCUACCUUAUGGUCUGAAUGGCAUUAUAUAAAACAAAUUAUUUGGAUUGAAUUCAGACCUAAGUAGCUAAAUCCUAUCCAGUUGUUUUUUUUAAAGACAAAAACAUACUUUCUUAAUGACGCAAACAUUGGAGGUGUUCAGUAAGUAAGAAUAGUGUUUAGAGUAUAUUUAUAACAGAGUGUUAACAUUUCAUUACCUUUUCACCAGCUGCAAAACACUUCCUUAAUAGACAAAUAUUUUUGUAUUUAUUUCAGUUCACAUGUUAAGUCAGUUAAUGGUUUGAAGUACUGUACAUAUGUUAAAAAAAUAGUUAAUUCUAAUUAUAUUUUUAAUGUUACAUAACUUAAAAUGUUGAGAUCUGAAAACAAAUAAAUGUUUUCCUGCCAAGUCUUCUGAACAGCCUGUGGUGUGUAUGUUUGUCGUUGUUGUUAAAACAUAAAAGGACAGUUAACAGCAUUUCAAGCAAUUCAUUAUUUCUGCCAGCAUAAAAACUAAACGGGUAAAAAGCAAAUACAUUUAAACUAAUUUCAAAGGCUUGAACAUUUUACUUACUUAAAGUUCCCGUUCUGAAACGCCUAAACUUAUGUGCCAGCUUCCUUCCUUUGUACUAAAGGUGUGUCAUGAACAUCUUGCACUUACACUUCUCAGUAUUGAG